AUGGAUCCACCUCAGUUACCCUUCAACGUGGUGGCUCAAAUUAUGUCUCUCUCAAUACUCACGAAUGCCAACCUUUACCGUUGUUUAACCGUGUGCACGGAAUGGUCGGGAGCGGGUGCACUGUUCAGCUACUCUGAUAUCACAAGUCUGACUGUCAUCAGUCCUUCCUUCCUUACCGCCGAUGUGCCUGGUCAUGUUUCGUACGGACCGCCUCGUUUAGUGGGCAGCAUAACCAUGACUCGGGCUACACUCCGUGACAUGAUGGAAUUAUUCGCUUGCUUGCCACCACGAAUGAUCGUGUUCGAGACGGUUGAACUGGAUGUCGUAUCAGCUGACAAUUGGGAGCUCCAUGGUGCGCGCAUUGUUGUACCCACGCUGGGGAGCGCCGUGAAGCGAUUGCUUAUACACGCUGUUGAGACCUUCCCACCUGUUCCCAUGUUUAUCGACCUGUCGAACCUGGUGUCGCUUGAAUGGUUCGCAUUUAUGUCAGGCAAGAUCAGCCCGACAUCUGCUCUCAACAUGUUGCACUCCAUACCGGUGCAUGCGCCUCUCCGUCGUGUAACUCUUGCGGUGGCAACCUUCAUCGACCCUACAUGGGGAUGCAUUCCUACAUCCUUGGUCAGGUUCAGGUGGAAAAUCCAGAUGUGCAUCGCUUAUCGCGCUCUCCCUGCCAACAGAGAUGUCAUCAACACAUCGUCCUUAGUUAACGUGUCCUAUGGUACAUAUGCGGAAGUGUGGGAUUACAUCUUAACGGGUGUUCACGCACAGUGGAUACAUAUACAUGUCUGUGCCAUGUCCAACUGGAAUGACUCUUCCAAAAAAUGCACAUCCCUGAAACUCACACCAUGGGGCUUUGUUGAAGCCUCUUGGCUUUAUCCGACCAACUAUGUCUUCGCUAGAUGCGCACACACCAACAACCUUCAUAACAAAAUGCUAGGCUAUGACGAGUUCGAAAAAAGCUUGUACAGAGAAACGCUUAUAUGUGCGAUUGUUCACUCCGAAGCGUCUUGGGUACCACACAUGGUGCGCAAGCCCUUUCAGAUCAUGGUUUACACCACAGUGCAGCGCUUUUCCGAUGAGGCUAGCGGCCGGGGACCGGGGGGGGAGACGAAGGAGAGGGCGACUUCGAGGGUGUGGGUUAAAGUGGAGCUGGAUGUCGAGGAGAUUAUUGUCGGUGUGCAUCAUUCUAUAGCGGCUAGCUACAGGUCCAGGCAUCCACCCACUUAUCGAACUCCCGUUCUGCCAGAUACCCAUCCCUUGCCUCCCACCUUGCCAACCGGCCACACGAUGCAUAGAGGGGUCUUAUGA